AUGUCUCUGACUACUUCGGCGACCAUGAUUCGGACGCGUCUUGUCAUUGCCUCCCUUACCGUCACCUGGUUAGCCCUUGCCAGUCUCAACUCGGCCACUGUAUACUUUGCUGUCCUCCUGCGAGACCGUGCUGAAUCCGACCUCGUGACGCCAAGCGACUCUAUUUUGGACAUCACAUUCCAAACCCUCAUGGACAACGUCGUCGAUGGCAUGGUGAUUGCGGCCCUGGUCUCAGCCCUGUUUUCCAUCUUCGGGUUUGUCCUUGUGAUCUACCCAAAGUGGCUACAAGAGAACUGCGCCGCUCGGUUUCACUACGGGUGCAUUCAAAUCGUCGUGAGCAUGAUCGUUCUCUCAUUAGGGGGUUGGAUUGCCAGCCGCGUCCACGGUUUUCAAACAUCUUUCGAGUUUUUUGACAGGAGCCACAUUCCAUAUUACAAGAUUAUGUAUUAUGGAUCCGUUGGCCAGGCCGCUUUCGGAUCUCUAGUGAUCAUUAUGUCCCUCGUGCGUUUUGCCGUAUGCGGCUUACGAGGUCACUAG